AUGAACAAAAAUCAAGUAAACAAGACUAUAAAGACAAAGCCUAUAACUGUCCUUAAUGAGGUAGACAAUCUACCUACACCUACACCGCUACCACGAGAAGACUUUAAUGAGAGGAAAAAACGCCUUGAAGCGUUUAAGAAGAAAAAAGAAGCAGAGAAAGCGAAAACAAAAACAGGUAAAGUUCGAGUACCUACUUUUGAGCCGCUCCGACAACAGCCGCAAUCAGGUCAAGCUGUACGAAAGCCUGUGGUCAAACAACAAAUAUCGUCUGAUGAUGCAAAGCAUGUUAAUUCUGAAAACAAAGACAAAAACGAAGCAGCUUCGGUAGACCCUACUUCAGUACUUAACAUUGAGCGUAAAGUAACAAGUGCCGUAACACAACAAACUGCUCAACCGUCACUAACAGCUACUACGGCGUGCGUGACUCCUGGACGUUCUCCAAGACAUCUCGGUAUAGCUGGCAAACCUGCACGUCUUUUAGCUGCCGAUACUGAUGAUGUGCAAAAUGACAGGCCAGCGACACCAAAGACCCCAAAUAACCAAAAACGAGUCGGCCGGCCCCUCGACUCACCUCUAAUAUUAUCAACGAUUUUGUCACCAAUAAAAUUAGAAUCACCGAUUACAUCAAGUCCACAGCGAAACGCGAUCCAGUCUUCAUGUACUCCCGCAUCAACGCAAAAGAACGAAGAGGAAACGCCACGUACGGUUCGUAUAAUGACCGCUAGUCGCAUUCCUCGGUCUGCUGAAUCUAAGAACCAAGAUCGUCAAGGUAGCUACACACCCACACCCAAGGCUGGUCGAGUGAGAGUUGCGUAUCCCGUGACGGACAAGAGACAGAUUGAGAAUUAUACCGUUCCAUCCCCUAAAGCGUUUUGCGUAAGAGACCCGCAAGUUAUCGCAAAGGACGGAAUGCACGACAACAUGUCAACGACCAAAAUGCCGAAUAGACAAGAAUCAUUUACAUAUACACCUCGAUCUGCCGUAAGGAUUGCAAACCCGUCUGCGACUCUGUCAACGUCCAAACAGCCUAUCGUGAAAGAUGGAAUGCAAGAUGACAUUGCAACAGCUCAAACGCCGAACAGACUAGAAUCAUUGGCAUGCACGCCUCGGUCUGCCGUAAGGAUUGCAAAUCCGUCUGUGAAUUUGUCGACGCCCAAACAGCCUAUCGCGAAGGAUGGAAUACAAGAUGACAUUCCAACAACUCAAACGCCGAACAGACUAGAAUCACUGGCAUGCACGCCCCGGUCUGCCGUAAGGAUUGCAAAUCCGUCUGUGAAUUUGUCGACGCCCAAACAGCCUAUCGUGAAAGAUGGAAUACAAGAUGACAUUCCAACAACUCAAACGCCGAACAGACCAGAAUCACUGGCAUGCACGCCCCGGUCUGCUGUAAGGAUUGCAAAUCCGUCUGUGAAUUUGGCGACGCCCAAACAGCAACAUGAUAUUCCAACACCAAUCAGACUAGAAUCAGCGUGUACGCCCCGGUCUGCCGUAAGGAUCGCAAAUCCGUCUGCAAACCUGUCGGUAUCCAAACAGUUUAUCGCGAAGGAUGAUAUUCCAACUCAAACGCCAAACAGACUAGAAUCGUUAGCGUAUACACCCAGUUCUGCCGUGAGGAUUGCAAAUGCGUCUUCAGUUCCAUCAACAUCCAAAAUUUUCAAGGGCACGCAUGAAUUGCCAAAGUCGUUGAAAUGGCUAACAGACAGAAUCGAACAUACCCCAAUGGACAGUACCCCGAUACGUCCCCCAACUACAAGUGAAAUGUCUACUCAAACAUCGCCAUCUCUUAUGACGUCUUUGAUUAAGGAAAACACUAAUAGUCCUUAUCAGCAAAGUGAGGCACCCGAACCAAAACGAUUAAAGUCCUCCGAAAAGGUACUAAUGGACAGGCCACUGAUACUAUUAAUAACUGAUUCGGAUACUGGGAUGAUUAUUGGCAUGGAAAUUCUGGUUAAAGGCUUUAAUAUAGCUGAAUUGUCGAAAGAGUUUGAACGCGCCUGUUUUUUCAAGGAGGCAGUAUCAAAUGAACAAAAGUCAUUCGAGUUGAAUGACAACGCGAAGGAGUUAUUACCUAUAAAGCCAGCCAUCAACACGCAAUCCGUUCAAUGUUACCAACAAACGCUGGACAAUUUACCGCACACGCCUCUUGCUACAAGACAUUUCACUACACCUGGGCCUCUUGCUACGCCUGGUUUCUUUAGAGAUGGACAACUACCCAUUAAUUCUGGCAUGCAAACGCCGGUAAGCAAGACAAUAUCCGAAUUGCAAUGUUCUGACAAGAGAUUCAGGGAGAGCGAACUUUCGCUUGUUUUCGAGUACGAGAGUCCUGGAUUUGAACGGUAUGGGAACGAAAUGGAUACAAGAGAGGAUGUAGAAGACGCGAUAUCUCGGUUCCCAAAGCCAAGAGAUUUUGAUGCAAUUGCAAUGGCGUUGGAGAAAUUGUCGUCCGAUGAAGCAAGAUCAAGCACUGAUACAGAAAUGAAUGUGAAAACCGAGGAAACUAUAGGAUCGACAAUAAUGGUCUUGACACCU